AUGUGGUCUUGACCUAACAUCCCGUUCUCCAGGUUGUUCUCCGAGCUACGAUGCUGCAGCUCGACUCCCCGAGGACCUCGCCGGCGUUCCUCCUCUCCAAGAGAAGACCCCCUCCGACAUCCACCCGCGGCGCCCUCGCUCAAAACUUCGCCGAAACGCUGCCGACGGAGAUGAGCGUGAAGAUCUUCGGCGAGCUGGACCCGGAGAGCCUGUGCAGCGCCGCGCGCACCUGCCGGCUGUGGCGUGACAUCAUCGAGGACAGCGAGCAGGUGUGGAGGAGGCGGUGUCUGGCGGUCCGGGCCGUGUGUCAGAGGGAGGUGGACUGGGACCGGAGGGACGGGCUGUCCUGGAAGGUGGGGGGGGGACACU